AUGGGAGCAGUCAAAAUCAAGGGCACUAGUGAGGGUUCAAACAGAUUCGCACAAAGAGGGCUGAGAAAGGGACUUCGGUCCUCAUCGUUGUCUUCAUCAGAUCGAGAAGGCAUCAGGCGAUUGAGGGAAUUCGAAUGGUGGUCCGGUGGUUUAGAAAUCUUGGAAGAGAGAAGUAAGGCAGAUCAGCAGCUAGUAUGGGUGUUUGGCUUUGAACCUUGUGGAAUGGCUGGAAGAAGGCGUUGAAGACCUAAUAGGAAUAACUUGAAGAAUGAAUAAAGUUUGAUCAUACUCACAAUUUAA